GAUUCGGGAACAAUAAAUCUUUCAUGGGAUGCUAUCGAAAGAGAUGAUCGGGAAAGAGUUUGAUGGUCGUAGCUUCACCGUGAAAGAUUUGUUCUGCAUCACCGAUAAUUCAAUAGACAUUCCUAAUAGCCAGCCUAAUGGACAAUACGAAGGAGAGAUCAUUGCUUCUGCAAUAAAAAUUGAUAGAGCUACUGAAUAUGGAGCACUUCGAUGAUGUUUCGCAAGAUGGCCAAUGAAGUGUAUAUGCCCCGGAUGCUCGCGUUUUGACUACAUAUUAUUGUGGAAAAUGGAUUCUUGUGUUGUAGAGACAAAUCAUUGGGGAGAAGAGAAAAGGAUGGAUAAGGUAGAGUCUCUCGCUCUCUCUUACACACACACACACACACAACCUCAAC